AUGUUUCCAAAAAGCAUUGUGGAAAUGAAAUUUGCUCGCUAUUUAUUACAGCUAUUUUUCAACUGUGCCUUCGAGUAUUAUUUAAUCGAUUAUACAAUUAAUCCACAAAUGAUUAAAUUAUUAUUUGAUGAAGACACAACAACAAUUAAACCUUUACAAAUCCAUUCUCAAUUGGGAGAAGUAUUUCUUCGAGCUGAUCAUGAAUUAAAUUUUGCUGUGAAUCAUCUGAUUUGUAAUCAAUUUAGAGUUCGUGUUUAUGAUAGUGACGUCGAGCCCGACUUAAUUGAUCUUCAAUGCUUUGUCGACGUGGAAAAUUGUAUAGACAUCUUGAUUGAAAUUUUGAAAAAUGAAGGAAAUAAAUUUUUUGAGAUUACUUAUGAUACUCUUGAUUCAAGAAUUUACAAUUCUAUUAUAAAGCAUAUUGAAACAUCACAAGAUCUUUCUAAAAUGGCGAAAUAUAUUGAAUUUGAUGUAAUGUAUGGAUCUCUUAUUUCGAGUAAAAAUGCAACAAACAUCAAAACCAAACUUAAAGAAGAUAUUAAAACAACAAAAUUUCUACUCUCCAAUGACCACAAUCCAAAAAUUAAAUUUUCUGUAUGCAUUGAAGACAAAUAUAAGCGUAUUGAUGUGUCAAGUUAUGAAGAAGACAUAGAGUACUAUAUACCGGGAGUUAGAGUUGUGAUUAAGAGAAUUAAAUGA